UAAAAAUCCAUGCGGCAUCUUGGACUAAAAAACAUUCGUGUUGAAAAAUACUGGUGGUAUCCAAAUGGCUGAAAAAUUGAGCAAUUCUCACGAAUUGGAAAGGGCCUCACCCAGGAAAUCAUCCAAGGACAUGAUGAUGGAGCUGAUGAAUAAAGAGACUUCCAGACACAGAAGGAACUUCCUCUUGCAUUGCCAGUUCCAGUCACUUCUGGAUCAAAGCAAAGAGUUGAAGAGGCGCUGGAACAAACAGAGUACGUUCGAUGCAUUGCUAAAGCUGUCCGCUGAAAUACAUUUGGACAGGAUGCCUGCGUCAAUUGAGGUCAUAGUUGACGCAAUACAUUCUGCAACAUUGGACGAUACUGUUGUGCAGCAACUGGAGCAGUACAUGGAACAUAUUGAGCUGUUGGGGCAGUGGAGAAACCAGUUCGAAAACACUGUAGUGCAAGUGCUGCAGACUCACUACAUAGACUGGCGGGAUCUCAACUUGACAGAGUACUCCGCAUUUCUGGACCAAUCCCUCACAGAGGUGGCUAUUACCCCUCUGACAGUGACGGUUUCCGAAGACCUCGAAGACAGAAUGCACUUAGUACAGAUCUGGUCUGACCUGGAUUCUUUGUGCAAUCGGUUGACAUUGCUUAUCCCAGAUACUCGAGCACUUUCCACCCAUGUAGAGAAUAGAGGUCAAAACAACAUACUCUCUGAGCUGUUUGACAAGAGCAGUAGGGCUGAUAUCUUGCACUACAUCAGGUUCGAAAUUGGUGGUUUUUUUUUUCAAAUACUUGUAGCUACGUAUCAAAAACUGAUAGUUUUUCACUAAACAAGGUAUUUUUUUACUAAAUUUUUCAUUUAAGCAACUGGAUGAUAUUGAGAAAAACGUAAGAGCAGCUACUUCCUAGUUUUACUGGUAAAAAUCAUAUAACCGAUGAAGAUCGCCGCCUUUUUGCACAACUACUAUGAAUGGGAGGAUUAGACGACCACCUCAGUAACAUGCACUUUUCUGGCAAAUAUGAGUGGUCACGAGCAAUUUGUGAUCCGUUAGAAAACAGUGAUCCAAAAACAACUGAAACGGAACAAACUCUGAUAAAAAGAAACAGAUAAACUGAGAGACCGAACAUCACGUUCUCAAAAAGCUGAAAUUAUGGAAAACUGCUAAGCAGAAAAAAGGCGAAAAAAAUCCAGCAUCACAGAAUGGAGCAUCGAACUGGCUAAGCGUGCUCCCUUAACAAAGACAAUUUUUCCCUCAACAAAUCAGAGUUUGAAGAUGGUUUUACCACCAAACAAUCCACAUACAUGACAACGUGGACAACCGAUUUGUCCCGCUCAAGGAAGCCGUUGAAAUAGCCCUGAGGCACGGAAUUCAAUACCGUGAAAAAUUGUUAUUGGUUUUGACAGAAUCAGGUAUUGGUAUUGGAAUUGGUAUUGAUCAAUACCAGGUUCCUCGUAUUGGCAUUGGUAUUGAUCAAUACCAGGUCACUGGUAUUGGUAUUUAUCAAAACCAGGUUCUUGGUGUUCUGAAUCGUCUCAGAUCACUCUAAAAUCACAAAAACCAAUGUAAGAUUAAUUUUUCAUUGUUCAUUUUUCAAGAUUAAUGUAGAAAAACAUAAAAAUUUUCACAAAAUCAAUUUUUAUAAUAUAGGUAGAAACUCAGCGUUCUUUGUGUUGAAAACAUUGCGAGCAUGAUGCUCAGCAGUCAUUCUGUUUUGCAAGUAGAUUUUUGAGUACCCGCAUAGCGAAAAAGGACGCUCAGGAUCUACGCUCGCUGGUCGAAAACUUUUUAUGUAGUCUUCAACGCGGAAAUCGUCCUCGCUCACCCUUUUGGAAAAAUCUUCAAAGGAAAUGUUAUUUUGAAGAUUAUACAGAUGCUCAUUUUCCACACUUUCUUCAUAAAUCAUCCGAUCUCUCAUUAAAUUGUACAAAUCACCACGUUUCUUCAUAAGUACUUCCACAGUUGAGUUGUCAGUCAGCCAUUUCUUAAGACAUCUUUGACGUCUGAAUUUAUAGUUUGGACAACUGACUGUAAAAAUAAAAUAACCUUCUUAGCGGUUUCAUUUAAUACACUUGCGCCAUUCUGUUUGAAAA